AUGACUCGGUUUGCUGUCCGCGAAUAUGCUCGCUCAUCGGCUUUUUCGGUGCCCCUCGAUCCUAUGGGAUCUGAAGAUCCCAUCGAAUUUUCUGACAGCUCCUUUGACAUGGACCUGGAUAUGGCUCCACCCUCUUCCCCUUUUUGUAAGUCGCCUGUGAGUGUUGCAUCUGCCGAAAAUGACUUCAUGGAAUCGUCUCGGGAGUUUGCAGACGCGGAGCCUCAGUCUGUCAAGUCUGUUCCUGAGACCGAGGAAGUGCUCUCAUCCCCAUCACCAUUUUUUCUUGAGCCGCUGCCGUCUCCAGAACUGGAGUGGGCCAGCGGUACGGAGCCUCCAGCGUUAGGCACAUCUCUUGUUUCAGGUUCGACAUUCCAGACCCACACAUGCCAUGAGGCUGGUAUCACAGCUCUUCCUCAGUCUCAAGAUCCAGCAUCUGGCUCUUGUGAGAUGAGCGAAGGCGAACCAGGUCAUAUAUUGGCGAUGUCGCCUCAGCUUGCAUCUAUACCUGAAGAGAACAUUGACAGCGGAAGUGAUGCAAGGCCGAGUUCUUCGAUUCUUCAAACAGGUUCUUCUACGACUGCAAGCUCUCCGCUUCCAGAUGCAGAUCAUGCUGCAGAUGAGACCAGUGUGCUAUCAGUGCCCACAGAGCAAGUCUCUGCCCCAUCUACUUUCACCCUGGACAAAGCGAGUGACUCCAGUAUACCACUUUCGCCAUAUGUGCCUACUAUACCCCAGACAGAAGAAGAUGAUCCUGGAAAUACCUCUGGUGGAGAAUCCACAAGUGACGAGACAAACUCUGUGUUCGAUGAUGAAUAUCACACCGACACGUCCAGCCAUACUGCUUCACUACUCUCGGACGUGAAAGACUAUACAUACGAGAAUGGCCGACGAUACCACUCUUACCGCGAAGGCCAUUACGUUUUACCAAACGACGAUCAAGAACAAGACCGCCAGGAUCUCCUCCAUCACGUUCGCAACCUCGUUCUAAACGGGGCUCUCUACCGUGCUCCACUGGGCAGAAGCCUCCAGCGCGCCCUUGACAUAGGAACUGGUACAGGCAUCUGGGCCAUUGAUUUCGCCGACAGCCAUCCCAGCGCCGAGGUCAUGGGCACCGAUCUCAGCCCGAUCCAGCCAUCCUGGGUUCCGCCCAACCUCCGCUUCCUAGUCGAUGACGCCGAGUCCCCAUGGCUGUUCAGUACCAGUAGACCCUUCGACUUUAUUCACGCCCGGGAUCUGGGCGGUGCCAUUGCCGACUGGCCUCGGCUGCUGCGACAGGCCUACGGGCAUUUACGACCAGGUGGAUGGGUUGAGCUGCAAGAAUUUGAGGUUACGCUGAGGUCGGAUGAUGACUCUAUGCGUCUAGCGCCGAUGCUGUGCGAGUUCCUCGGCCGCCUGCAUGAGGCUAGUGAGGCGUUUCACCGGCCCAUGAAUAUCGCCGAAGGACACCGACAGCGGCUGGUGGAGGCCGGUUUUGAAGAUGUUAAAGAUGAGGUGUACAAGGUCCCUUCUAGUAUGUGGCCCAGCGAUCCCAUACAGAAGCAAAUCGGCCGGUAUAAUCUGUGCUCCCUGUUGAUGGCAGUGGAAUCCUACUCGCUGGCUUUGUUCACGCGUGUCCUGGGGUGGUCGAAUAUACAAACCCAAGUCUUCCUGGCAGGUGUGCGUAGAGAUCUGAAUAAUCCCUAUGUUCACACCUAUUGCAAUCUACACAUCGUUUACGGUCGCAAGCCGGAACAUGGCUAUCAUGCUGCUUAG